CACCGCCCUGGUUGUCAUGGUGAGCCUGGGCGCUCCAGUGGAGUCCGGAAGUCUCCGAGCAGAGCUCCGCGCCCCGAGAGGCUCUCGUUGCUAUGGUGAUGACUCCGCGCGGGCCCUGUGCCAUCAGUUUCUACGGACUGGAGGAGGGUCCAGAGCCCGCCCCUGACGUCGGGAUUCAAGAGCUGCGAGCCAGUCCCGCGAGGCCCGCGCGUUGCUGUAGUGAUUUGCUGCAGCCAGCGCGCCGGAACCCGGUCUUUGCAGCUUUGUCUACAGAACACUGGAAGAAUGAGGUCCUCUUGGACCCCUUUGGGGCCCCCUGUGAGCCAGGACCGCAUCAUCACCAGCUUCCCUAAGUGGUACACACCUGACGCCUGCCUGCAGCUCAAGGAACAUUUCCACAGCCAGGUCAGCACUGCCUGCCAGCGCAGGAACACGGGCACUGUUGGGCUGAAGCUCUCCAAGGUGGUGGUAGUUGGUGAUCUCUAUGUGGGAAAGACUAGCCUCAUCCACAGGUUGUGCAAGAAUGUUUUUGACCGUGAUUACAAGGCCACUAUUGGGGUAGACUUUGAAAUCGAGCGCUUUGAGAUUGCGGGGAUUCCCUACAGCCUCCAGAUCUGGGGACACAGCCGGCAGGAGAAGUUUAAGUGUAUUGCGUCUGCCUACUACCGCGGUGCCCAGGUGAUCAUCACAGCCUUUGACCUCACUGACGUGCAGACUCUGGGACACACCAGGCAAUGGCUGGAGGAUGCACUGAGGGAGAAUGAGGCAGGCUCUUGCUUCAUCUUCCUCGUGGGAACCAAGAAGGAUCUCCUGUCAGGGGCAGCGUGUGAGCAAGCCGAAGCAGAGGCUGUGCACCUGGCCAAUGAGAUGCAGGCAGAGUACUGGUCUGUGUCAGCCAAAACCGGAGAGAACGUGAAGGCAUUCUUCAGCCGUGUCGCCGCCCUAGCAUUCGAGCAGUCUGUGCUUCAGGACCUAGAGAAGAGGCCCAGCACUCAGUCCCAGGUCGGAGAUGGAGAUGGAGACCUAAUCCGAAUAGAGGCGCCCAAGACCCAGGAGAAUAGGAGGCCACCCGGCCUGGGCUGCUGUUAGCUGAGGCCAGCCUCAGAGCCAUCCACUCCCUACAGACACACGGGGUGACAUGGAGCCCAAACUCUGCAGCAGAUAUGCCUUCAAGCUGGAGAAGGCCUGUGUCUCCGGGGCUCAGCCGUUUCUGUUUGGCCCAGCCCCACUGGCUACCGGAGCUCCAUACUAUCUGGCUGGUUGCGGGUGGGCACUGGGGUGAGCCUUCCCUACAGGGUCUUCAGACAGUCACUGUGGUCUCAAGAGGCUUCAAGACUGCAAUCUCAGGACACUCAGGGCUAGCCCACAUCCCUUACCCAAUCGUAUCUGCAGUCACCCCGGAGUCCUUCCCUGCUGAUCCUAGGCGAGGUCUCUGAACCCCCAUCUCCAUGUUCUAAGCACCAAGACUUGUCAAAGUAGGCAAGUAAAACUCACCUGCCAUCCCACCUGGGGGUUCUCUCAUCCAGAAGACAUGGAGUUCUAGGUCUUGGAGCUUCGGACCUAGCUAUCCACCGUCCCUCUGCCACAGAAUUUCAGGACCCUUGAGUUCCGCUGUUAAGCACGAUGAACAAAGUCCAUCUGGACCCUCUGGCAGAGUCCUGCCUCCAUCUCUGAGAUUCCCUGUGGCCCUGCCCUGCGGGUCAGAAGAUGGAUCGUUGUGACUCUGCUGAGAGAUGAAAACUGCACGGAGUCCCUCUGGCAACUCAUUCUACAUCCCCAAGCCUAGCCCUGCCCUACGCUGUCACCUGUGCCCAUCUCUGCUGACCUACCAUGUGUCUCUCCAACUGUCCUGCAUAUCUCUCGGGACUUUGGCGAUGGUCCACAUAUCUCCGGAGGACUUGGGACACGCAGACUCCAGCUUGUCUAACCCCUUCCUGCAUAUCAGCAGGAACACUGUGCCCUACUUGGGUCCAGGGUCUCCCCCGACUCCUCACCCACUCCAUAUUCCUAUAGCUCUGGGUCUAGACUCAUGCCUCCCUGUCUUACUCCCGCCAUAAGAAGGUGGGCACAUCUGGCAUUCCUAGCUGCUGCUUCCCCCCCAUACAGGGUCUCAUGUAGCCCAUGCUGGCAUCCAACUCUGUAUGUAGCUGAGGCUGGCCUUGGAUAUUACUUGCCCUCUGUCUCCCAAGCACUGGGAUUACAGACAUGUACCACCAUACGCAGGAACACCUGCUUCUUGGGGACGAUAAGCAUUUGCAGGCAGCCGUAUUGGUCAGUGCCCUUUUCUAAGUGCCGGGCAUACCACACAUUUCCAUGACUGUUCAUUAACUCAGCAAUGGCCAAACAGCCGAGGACACUGGCAUAUUUUCCUGUUCCAUACUAGCAUUCAUUAGCUUUAUUUUAGCGCUCUCCCCCCCCCAAAAAAAAAACAGGGUGUCACUACGUAUACUAGACUGGCCCUGAGUUUGUAGCAAUCCUGCUUCUGUCUCCCAAGUGCUGGGGUCACGGACAUGGAGCUCACAUUUGGCUCAAGCUCUUUUAUUUUUAAAAGUAUAUAGAACAUCUCUUUACAGGAAUUCAAUGGUUGGUGUUAAACUAGGUGGUAAGCAUAUAAACAAAAAUACUUCUGCCCCGGA